UGAUACACAGUGGCGUAAGUAUAACAAUUCGGCCCCAAUGCGAAUAACUUAAAGGUCCCCUUCUCCUUUUCUGAAUAAAUGUAAAAGCAAAUGUAAGUUUAUUUGUCUUUAAUUGUGUAUUUUAUAAGCCAGUUAAUGUCAGUUAUAACAGUUAAAAUUUUAUAUUACAAGCUUUUAAAUUAGCAAAAUUGUCAAUAAUCUGCGUAAUGUCCACGAGUUCUGCUCAUCUAGCUCCUAUGUUCAAUAAUGUGGCAACUGAUAGUCGAUCUUGCCCCAUGGUCAUGGGAUUUUUUAGAUACCUAGUUCUUUACAAUUCUUAAAACGACGCUACCCAUACAUUUGUUGUCUGUCUUAGACACGCACGACAUACCAAAUUGUCGUUCACUAGUUUCAAUAGUAUGCUGUUAGUUUUGAUACUAGAGUGAAUUGACCUAUUAUAAAACUUUUAGGUAAGAACAUCAUCUGUGCUUAAGUGUUGCCGAUUUUUCAAAAUUUUCAUUUCAAGCUAGAUAUGAAUAUGUAAAAUAUCAAAAAUUAAAAAUGCUAUAUUUCGCUUGAAAAUUAAAAAGAAUAAAAGCCAAAGCUUAAGCACAGAUAAUGUUAUUAUCUAAAAUAUUGAAAAUAGGUCAAAUCACUUUAAUAUCAAAACUAACAGCACACAAAAACAUAAUUAAUAAUGAACACACCUCUGGAAAACUACUGCUCAUAUCACAUAAUCUUUAAUUAUUAAUAAUUCAGUAAAUUCUCUUAUCAGCAAUGAUUCAGAAAAGUAAUUUUGAUAUUGUUGUUGUAAUAAUAUUGUUUUAUCUGUUAAGUUCUAAUGAAUAAUAACUAUAUAACCUGUGGUAAAUCGUUCACUGGUGACGAAAUUAUAAACGAGCAAAUAAUAAUAUAACAAAAUACACAACUCACAACAAUUAAAUCCAACUGGCUCAUAUGUAGUAUAUAUCACAGAAUAUAACAAUAUUACUAUAUAAUUUAUAUUUUUAUAUAUUUAUAAUUAUUAUUUUUUGUAAAUGACAAAAAAAAAACAGUAUUCAGAAAAGCCCUUAGACACUAAGGACUGACCCUAAUGCGGCCGCAUUCCUGUUUUUACGCCACUGAUGAUAUACUUCAUUAGCGUUAUAAAUUUGUCCUUUGUACCUAGUUGGUGAAUUCCAGAAACAUCUUGAAAAUGUAUUAAAUACAAAAUAAAAAUUGUACCUAAUUGAAAAACAAACAAUGAAGAGGACAUAAUUCAAUAUGGAACCAUGAAGAACAACUACUGAUGAUUGCGCGAUUAAUUCCAAGUAUUAUGAUACAAUAUACAAUACUAGAGUCUUGUUAAUUCCACUUAUUAAAUGUGUUGGUCAAGUAUUUAAUGGAAUUAUUAAAUAGGAAAUGAUUUAUGAAACAGACCACCACAAUGUUUGUCAAUUAUCACAAUUAAGUUCUAGUGUUGUGCUUUUCUUUGUGGUGAUCAAGAAUUUAAUAAAAAUAUUCAACAGAAAAUUAUUGAUGAUCAUGUAUUUAAUGGAACUAUUUUAAGAGGAAAUUAUUGAAGAAACAGACCAUAACAAUGAAAGUCUUAUUUCAAAUAGGAACUAAAACUGAAGAAUUAGUCAACACAAUUAAUACCGAAAUAAAAAUUGAAGUAUUUAAUUAUUAACGGUUAAUAAUUUAAGGAACAGUUUUAAACAAAAUCUUAUCUUCAGCAUUCAAUACUUUUAUGAAUUCGGACAAAACAUCUAACUGUUUGAGGGCAAAUCCAUUGACUGAUCAAUGAUAAAAUGUCUAACACAUUCAAUUUACCUGUGCAUAUAAGGACACAUAAUGGAGAAAAGCCGCAUAACUGUAAUCUCUGUGAUAAAAGCUUUUCUACAUCAUCAGAUUUAACAAAACAUACAAGGACACAUACCGGAGAAAAGCCGUAUAAGUGUGAUAUGUGUGAUCUAGCUUUUUCUCUGAAAACCAAUUUAAAAAAUCAUAAAAAAACACAUACUGGUGAAAAACCGUAUGAAUGUGAUAUUUGUGAUCAAGCUUUUUCUCAAGCACAUAAUUUAAAAACCCAUAAAAGGACACAUACCGGUGAAAUUCCGUAUAAAUGUGAUAUUUGUGGUCGUGCCUUUUCUCAAGCAUAUAAUUUAACAAGGCAUAUAAGGACACAUACUGGUGAAAAACCUUAUAAAUGUGAUAUCUGUGGGAAGGGAUUUUCUACAUCAUCAGAUUUAACAAUGCAUACAAGGACACAUACCGGCGAAAAACCGUAUAAGUGUGAUAUAUGUAAUAAGGGAUUUUCUACAUCAUUCGAUUUAACAAGGCAUACAAGGACACAUACUGGUAUAAAGCCGUACAAAUGUGACUUAUGUGAUCAAGCCUUUUCUCUAGCACAUCAUUUAACAGGGCAUACAAGGACACAUACCGGAGAAAAACCAUUUAAAUGUGGUAUCUGUGAUCAAGCUUUUUCUCAGAAAACAAAUUUAACAAAGCAUACAAGGACACAUACCGGCGAAAAACCUUACAUAUGUCAAAUCUGUGAUAAGGGGUAUUCUACAUCAUUAGAUUUAACAAGGCAUACAAGGACACAUACGGGAGAAAAACCGUAUAAAUGUGAUAUAUGUGAUCAAGCUUUUUCUCAAGCACAUAGUUUAAACACCCAUAAAAGAACACAUACCAGUAUUGAACCGUAUAAAUAUGUUAUCUGUGAUUUAGCGCUUUCUAAUGCAUCAAAUUAAAAAAAAAUCAUUCGAGGUUACAUAUCAGAAAAAGUCUUUAAAAAUGCAACGUAUUCAAGACACAUAAAAAUUAUAUUGUAACUAUACAAAUUAUUUUAUAAUUUAAAUAACAAUAAUAUUUUUAUUAUCAAUAUUAUAUAAUAUUAGAACACUACAAAACAUAAAAUAUAUUGAUUGAUUAUUGUUAACACUGACCAUUCCCUAUUGCAUUGGUUUCCCCGAUAAUUGUUAUCUGGGUCCAUCGAACACAAAUUUUGAAAUAUGAAUGUUGUGAACGCUUCUAAGGUGCAUACUAACAUGUUUAAAACAAUUGUAUGCCUCUUUCCCUAUGUUAUUUCUCACCCCAAGUACGAACUUUAUUCAAAGUUAAUGUUUGUUCACCCACCAGUAAUGGUAGGUCAUCAACAACAACAAUAGUCAGAACAAAACAAACAGAGGUCAGCCUAUAUAGUUUCUUUAAGUUGGCAUCAAGCAUCGAUUAUACCUCGAAUACAAACUCAAGUAGCUUAUAAGUUAUAAGCAAAAAAUGCACUCAAAUCCAUUGUUAGUUAUGCCAGUCAGUUAUCCGACAAAUUCAAUCACAGCAAAACCAGCUAAUACAGCAGCAAGCAAUACAAACUAAAAGUUUAGAAAAUAUUCAACAUACACCGUCUGUUACCCAUCACUUACAACACUAUAUAAUGAUGUUAUUUAACAUAUGUAGGCAUUUAUGGCUGCAUUCAGUUAUUCAAUAUAUUCAAACAUAUAAUAACCAAAUAUAGCGUACCAACCAUAAAUGCUAUUCAAGCAUUCCAAAUGUGCGAAAUAGCUAAAUCUCCCAAUGUUGAUCAAUUGGCCCAAUUAAGCCGGCAGUCCAAAUCUGGGUUGAUCGGUACACAUUUUUAGUAACCAAAUGGCACAAUAUCAGCAACCAUCUAGCCAACCAGGUCAAGUCAUGAUUGUUCAGUACCAAUCACUACCAUCUGGGGCCAAAAUCAAUGUCAUGCAGACUAUUAAUUUACAACAAACACAAUCUGGUCAAUGUCGAUCCCAGUAAACUUACCCCAGGAAAACCUGCUCCGAUAAGAAUGAUGAUACUUCAACUAUAUCAGUUCAAAAAUCUUCAACCAUAAAUCAUACCUACCAGGCCAUUUACAGUCACAAGUUCAUUAGGUAUCUACGCAACUGUUGUUACUCCAACAGCAUAUCUUAAGUACAUAUCAUGUAUGUUAUUAGAUUUUGAGAGGAACAAGACAUUAUUAGAUUCAUAAUGAAUGUAUUGAUUUUACUAUGUGAUAAAGUACUACUGUAACUAAAUACUGAAAGUUUUCAAUUGCUACCUAUUUUACUUGCUAUAUUCAAUUCCCUACAAGAAACUACCUUCAACGUUGAAUAUUGAAGCAUUUUUUGACUCUAAAUUGUGUACACAAAAACAAACAGACACACCUUAAUAAAACAAUCAUAAGCAAUCCAAUUAAAAAAAUGUAUUUUUAAAAGGUUGUUACCCUUUAAUUUAGUUCUUUAAGUACUCAAUUAAUGGCUCUUUCCGAACCAGUAAUAGGAUGUUACCAACAACAACAACAAUAAUCAGCACAAAAUAAACAAAAGCCAACCCAUAUUGCUUCUUUGGGUUAACAUCAGGCAUUCAUUAUACCUCAAAUACAAACACAAGUAGUCAAUAACCAAUAACUGCACCAACUUCCAUUGAUAGUUAUACCAGUCAUCUAUUCAAAAAAUUCAAUCACAGCCAAAGUAUUUUUUUAUAUUAUAAUUCAUUAGCAACCUAUACAAACUGUAUGUUCCGUAUUAAAAAGUUGUUAUUAUUAUUAAUUAAUCCACUGAUGGUUAUUUUCUUAUAUUUCAAAAAAGUUAAGAAAGUGUUCAACAUUCACAAUCUGUUACCCAUACUACUCCUACAACACUACCUAAUGGUGAUAUUCUACAUAUGUAGGCAUUUAUGAUUCAAGCUGCAUACUAACUGUUCAAGUAAAUGUUUACAUCAAAUAAUUUCAAAAUCAACCAACAACCAAUUUUUUUCAGUAUGAUUGUGCAGUACAAACCAACACUACCAUCAGCCGAAUGGACAAUGGGCAAUUAAUUGUACAACAUACCCGCUCUUGUUUAAGCACUGAGAGUUUUAAAUUGUGACCUAUAAAUACUAGCUAUAUUCAAUUCACUACAAGAAAUUGCCUUCUAAGUUGAAUGUUGAAGCAUAUUUUUACUCUAAAUUGUGUACAUAUAAAAAAAAACAGAU